CGAGCGGAUCCCAGUGCAGGAUUGUUAAUUGCGUGACGAGCUGGCUAGGCGCUCACGCGAUUGCGAGUCAGCGCUCGUUGAUACCGGUGCAAGUAUUUGGCGAUUGCAGCUAUAUCUGCCGUUAUAACGUGUACAUGUGGGCGCCCUUAUGCGAUUACGUUUUGCUUAUUACGUACGAGACGGCAUAUAUAGACGAUGUUAAACACGAUGUGUUUUACUUUAGUCCUAGCCGGUACACUUCACGUCGCCAGGAUCAAGUUAAAUAGAAAGCUGUCAGAAUUCCUUUACCACAAUACUUCGUCUAACGAUGGCAAAAGCGGUCAGAUUUAUGUGGGUGCUACUUACAGCGAAGGCUGUAUUAACGCAAGCAAAACCGCUGAACCUGUCAAUCGAUGAAUCGAUCAAUGAGAUUGAUCAUGGUAACCCGAUUCUACGAAAGAAUCAACUUGAAUCAAAGGAACAACAACGGAACUCUGACUUGCCGACCAACGAGGUGAUAAUAAAGGCCACCACACAAACUGAUACAACAAACUCAGCAGCUGGUACCGCCAUCGACACAACUAUACAACCCUUCGAAGAUACCCCAACGACAAAACCGGGCCCACUAUCUUGGUUCCUGACGCCGCUGACGCAGAAAAUCCAAUUCUCGUCGCAAUCGUUCCUGCAGAACCGCCUAAUGCUAUUAAAGGAGGCGCUAAACAAUCUGGGAAUAAACUUGCCGAACGCGACGGCGAAGCAAUUGGGACCCGGCAGUCUGGUGCACUUCCUGGGGCCGACCGAUUCUGAUUUCUACACGAAUAGACUGGAACCGGCCGGUUUUCUUAACGGCAACGGCUGGUUCGCCAACAAGGGCGGCAUUCUCGGCGGGCCUGGAGCUAUCGUCUCCACCGGCAGCCUGCUCACGGAUUAUCCGACUCCUUACAGGAGGAAGUAGGAUAAAUAUCGUUUAUUCAAAUACGUGUAAAUAAUAAAAGAGCAGGAACUGCACUCGCAUAUUGUGAGUUAUAAUUUGCACGUGGCACAAUUUCGACUGAGAAACUGUCUUGAGAAUUUCAGACUUGUUAAGCAAGUCAAGAAAUAUCGCGGUUUUUUUCCUUUCAACUGCGAGACCAGAAAAACAACGGUAAAAAAAUAGUCUCGCUAAUCUCAAGAAAUCGAUAGCUCUUUUUAUUUCGAUGAAUUAAGUUUGAGAAAUACCAAUCGAUAAUAUUAGAUAAGUUAUUACACACCUAAUAAUCGUAUUAUGCAAUUGUAUUAUUUAUAUUAUUUAUAUUCACAUUAUAUA